CUAUUGGAAUAAUAACGUACAUAGUAGUUGAAUUAUUUGAGACAAGAUUUGGAAAAAGAAGAACUUUUGAUAUAUAGUCUGUAUUUCUUUUUUGAAUAUUGUAUUAUCUGCUCUAUCCAAUAAAUAAAUGUCAUGAACGAUUUAUGUCUGUAAGGUUGGUAGUAGUGAGUUGUGUUUGCUCGAGUCAUUCUGGAAGUUUGGUUAUGUUGGUUUGGUGAAUAAUCAAGUAUUUGUGUUCACUAACUCUUUUGUUCACUAAUCUACAGUGAUUAAUCUUAUUUGAAUUACUAUUGUAUUUUUGUCAAUUACAACAUGGAUUUGGGAACAGAAAUGAAGAUACCACUCCACUUCCCUUUCGGAAAGCCUUCCACCGAUGCACCCAAAGAUCACAGACAGGUAGCUCAUACACCGAUCACAACAGGUACGUCAGUAAUUGGUAUUAAAUUUGACAAAGGAGUGAUUCUGGCAUCAGAUAUGCUGGGCUCCUAUGGAAGUUUGGCAAAAUUCCGUAUGAUUGAGCGGUUGGUCGAGGUGAACAAACAGAUAGUAAUUGGUGCUGGCGGUGAUUACGCCGACUUCCAGUUCUUGAGAGACAUCAUCAAGCAGAAAGUCACAGACGAGUCUUGCUUGGACGACGGUUUUCUUCUGAAACCUCGUUCUCUUCAUUCGUGGGUCACUAGAUUCCUGUACAACCGCCGAAACCGGUUCGACCCCUUGUGGACGAACUUUGUCGUCGCCGGAAUGCAAGAUGGCGAACCAUUCCUGGGAGUAGUCGACAAACUGGGAAAGGCGUAUGAGAGUGACUGCGUGGGAACUGGUUUGGGGUCCCAUAUUGCCAUCCCGUACAUGAGAAACGAGCUGGAGAAGAAAGCCAACCUAACCGAGCAGGAAGCCCGUGAAGCUGUCGUGAAAAGUUUGCAUUCUUUGUUCUAUCGUGAUGCCCGCGCCUUCGAUAAAUACCAGCUGGCAACUAUAACUGCAGAAGGAGUUAAGAUUGAGACCGGACUCACUCUUGAAACUGAUUGGAGCAUGGCUGAUAUCAGUUGCGGAACUGAUUAAUUUAAAAACUUAAAAAGAUAACUACAAUUCAUGUUAUGAUGAUUAACAUUUUCUUACAUUUUGUUCAUUAAAUAACUUAAUAUUCUAUAAAAA